UUCAGGCCAGCAGACACCAAGAGCAUCGUUCGAGUUGACCGCUACGGUGAUGGGAUCGGGCGCUACAACAUCUUCAACUAUCACCACAUGGACGGGCAGUAUCGGUACCAGCAGGUGGGCUACUGGGCUGAGGGGCUCAUCCUCAACACCACCCUCAUCCCGUGGGCUGAGACCUCCAUCCCUGUGUCCCAGUGCAGCGACCCCUGCAAGAAGAAUGAGAUAAAGAGCAUGCAGCCCGGAGACAUCUGCUGCUGGAUCUGCAUCCCCUGCCAGCCCUACGAGUACUUGCUGGAUGAGUUCACCUGCAUGGACUGCGGUCUCGGUUACUGGCCCAACGAGACCCUGAAUGGCUGCUACGAGUUGCCCCAAGAGUACAUCCGCUGGAAGGACGUCUGGGCCAUCGGUCCCGUCACUGUCUCUUGCCUGGGUUUCAUCUCCACCCUCUUUGUUUUCGGAGUCUUCAUGAAGAACAACGACACCCCCAUCGUGAAGGCCUCUGGCCGGGAGCUCUGCUACAUUCUCCUGACCGGGGUGCUCAUGUGCUACAGCAUGACCUUCAUCUUCAUCGCAAAGCCCUCCACCGAGGUGUGCACGCUUCGGCGCCUGGGGCUGGGCACAUCCUUCGCUGUCUGCUAUUCGGCCCUCUUGACCAAGACGAAUCGCAUCGCCAGGAUCUUCAGCGGUGUGAAGGAGGGGGUCCAGCGCCCCCGGUUCAUAAGCCCCACAUCGCAGGUGGUCAUCUGCAUGGCCCUCGUCUCUUGCCAGCUGAUCAUCGUCAUCAUCUGGCUGCUGGUGGAGACCCCUGGCACAGGCAAGGAGACCGAGCCUGGCAAGAGGUACAUAGUCACCCUCAAGUGCAACAACCGCGAC